GGAGCCAGGAUGGUCCUGGUCCACGUCGGCUAUCUCGUGCUUCCGGUGUUUGGCUCUGUGCGAAACAGAGGUGCCCCUUUCCAAAGGUCUCAGCAUCCUCACGCUACCUCCUGCCGCCACUUCCACCUGGGCCCCCCGCAGCCGCAGCAGCUCGCCCCCGACUUCCCCCUGGCCCACCCCGUGCCCUCGCAGCCGGGCCUCAGCGCCCACAUGGCCCCGGCCCACCAGCACAGCGGCACCCUGCACCAGUCGCUGACCCCGCUGCCCGCCCUCCAGUUCCAGGAUGUCACAGGUCCCUCCUUCCUACCUCAGGCCCUGCACCAGCAAUACCUCCUGCAGCAGCAGCUCCUGGAAGCCCAGCACCGCAGGCUCGUCUCCCACACCAGGCGGAGUCAGGAGCGCGUGUCUGUCCACCCCCACCGCCUCCACCCCAGCUUCGACUUCAGCCACCAACUGCAGACACCUCAGCCCAGGUAUCUGGCUGAGGGCACCGACUGGGACCUCAGUGUGGACGCCGGCUUGAGUCCUGCCCAGUUCCAGGUGCGGCCCAUCCCUCAGCACUAUCAGCAUUACCUGACGACUCCGCGAAUGCACCACUUCCCCAGGAACUCCUCUUCCACGCAGAUGGUCGUCCAUGAAAUCCGCAACUACCCUUACCCUCAGCUUCACUUCCUUGCUCUCCAGGGACUGAACCCCAGCAGGAACACCUCCGCUGUACGCGAGAGCUACGAGGAGCUGCUGCAGCUAGAGGACAGGUUGGGGAAUGUGACUCGGGGAGCUGUGCAGAACACUAUUGAGAGGUUCACCUUCCCCCACAAGUACAAGAAGCGAAGACCCCAGGAUGGCAAGGGCAAGAAGGAAGAGGGGGAGGAGUCAGACACAGAUGAGAAAUGCACAAUUUGUCUGUCGAUGCUUGAAGAUGGAGAAGAUGUGAGACGCCUGCCCUGUAUGCAUCUCUUUCACCAACUGUGUGUGGACCAAUGGCUCGCCAUGAGCAAGAAAUGCCCCAUCUGCCGAGUGGACAUUGAGACACAACUGGGAGCUGACAGCUGAGGGAGGAGUUAGCCAGUGGAUGCCCCAUUUUCUUUCACCAGGUCCCCCCACGGCCAUAGCCCUUGCAGCCAAACUUUGCCUUCUGAGCCAUUUGAUGUAGAGGAAAAGCCUGCAAGCACACAUUUUGUGGAAAGAGGAGUUGGUGGUAUCAGUGUCUGAGGGAAAGGAGGGGGUGGGGGAGGACCCACCCAUCCAGAACCGUGACUGCCCCCACCCCGUCCGCCGUGCUGUGUGGGAGGGAGGGAGCUGGCCGUGCCCACAGCAGGGGUGGGAAGGGGGGGCCCACGCUGCUGAGAAUUUAGAUGUGAUCCUGGUGGUACUAGCUGAUAGACCGGCCCCUCGAUCCUGUCCUUUGAAGGAUUGUAUAUAUACCUCUCGACCACGUAGAAACCAUGUAGGGGUCUCUAGCUAUUUCUGUGGAUGGCAGCCGGAGCAUGUUAGCUUAAGAAAAAUGUCGUGUGUGGUGCUCUAGUCAUCUUGUGGUGGACAUGUCGCUAUUACCGAAUUCGCACCAAAUAUUUCUCAUUGAGUUCCUUGUUUUGGUGCCUGACUGAUCCAACCAACGACAGCCCAGAUCUUCCCGUCUUGCUGAGAGAAAAGGAAAAAAAUGAAUCAAAGGUGAAAAAAAAAAAAAAAGCCAAAUCCUGUUUAUGAUGGAAAAGGAUGAUUUUUUUUUCACCCAGUUUGGGAGGCGGGAGGGGGGUUUUUGAUUUAAUUUUUGUUUUCUUUUGCUUUUGUUUUUCUCAUGUUUACAGUGCACGGAGUAUAG